CCUCUAAAAGGCCUCCAUUUCCCUUUCAAGCCUCUAAUUUCUCUCCGUCUCUGUCUCUCUGUGCUGCGCAACAACCCAAACCCUAACAAAACCCUAGAAUCCCCCACCAGCCAUGCCGCCGAAGUUCGAUCCCACCCAGGUCGUCGACGUCUACGUCCGCGUCACCGGCGGCGAGGUCGGAGCGGCGAGUUCUCUCGCGCCGAAGAUCGGUCCGCUCGGUCUCUCCCCCAAGAAGAUCGGAGAAGACAUUGCCAAGGAGACCGCCAAGGACUGGAAGGGCCUCCGCGUCACCGUCAAGCUGACGGUCCAGAACCGCCAGGCAAAGGUCUCCGUCGUCCCGUCGGCGGCGGCGCUGGUCAUUAAGUCGCUGAAGGAGCCGGAGAGGGACCGGAAGAAGACGAAGAACAUCAAGCACAACGGGAACAUCUCGUUGGAUGACGUCAUCGAGAUCGCGAAGAUCAUGAGGCCGAGAUCCAUGGCGAAGGACCUCUCCGGAACCGUGAAGGAGAUUCUCGGCACCUGCGUUUCCGUUGGCUGCACCGUCGACGGGAAGGACCCCAAGGAUCUGCAACAGGAAGUCACGGACGGUGAUGUUGAGAUUCCUCAAGAUUGAUGAUUUGCUUUUUUUUUUUGGUUUUUCUACUCUCUUAUCAGUUUUGGCUCUCGUUAAAUAUCAAUGUCUCAGAGUUUUUAAGUUUCUAUAGAGCUUUGAAAUGAGGUAUUCAUCAAUUGUGGAAGCUUAAUUUGAUGGAGGAGAAUGUAAGUUGAAUUUUCUUGUCCUUUCUUUUUUCCCUGGAUAAUGUCUGAACGUAUAUGCAAUUUUUAAUUCAACAAUGUAGUUUUCUCAUUGAAAAUGUUGGUCCGAACUCACAACUUUUUUUUUUUU